AUGACGGCACUGGUAGCAGAAAAAACAGAUGUUGGUGUUAAAGAGUUUGGGCGUGACGUGGAGGUAGCAGAGGUACCCGAAGCUAAACUAAUGUACUACUUGGAUAGCAUAUGCUACGCUCUGAAUUUAGAUAAGUCAGAGGCUGGGGUUCGGAAACUGAGAGAAUACAGAAGGUACCGUACUCUCAACAGCGAUGAUAUCGACGAACUUUUGAUACUCUGUGGAUUGUUCUCGCCAGACGUACUGCUGGGAAAGUGUCUCUUCAUCGAUGACGAAAUGUGCGGCGACAGAAUGAACAAGUUUUAUGAACUCAAUGCCGUCUCGAAAAAGUUUCUGGUUACAGAAGAGAUUUCCAUUGCUGGGCAAACUCGCCGGGUGCUGAAAAUCCUUUGCAUCAGAAAAAUAUGGCUCGAGUGCUUUUACAUUGAACCGAUGGGGCAGUUCAAAGAACGACUUGCACGGAUUGCUGGUGUUCAUCCCGGACGUCCAGGUCGAGAUCGGGGUGCACAAAGGAAUGCUCAAUCAGGUCGACCAAGACAGCAGAUGACCACUGGUUCGACACCUCGCCCGACGACGGCGCCUGUCAGACCAGCUCCUGCCCCUUCCAAUAAGGAUGACAGUACUUGUGUUAUUGUGUAA